AUCCCUUUUUUUUAUUUUUAAGAAGUAUGAAUUAAAAAACUAUAUAAUAAGAGUAUAAAAAGAACAAAAAAACGUUUCAAGUUUUUAUGUUAAUGUUGGAUGAAGAGAAUUAGUUUCGAUGAAUGUAUGGCAUGUGAAGGAAAGAACUUAUGUCGGUGCACGUAAAAUUAAAGAAAGUCAUUUUAACAACAUGGAUACAAUACACAAUAUUUAUCACACUUUUCAAUCUUUUCCAAGCCUCUCCGCUGUAUCCGAGAUCUGGAGAUUGGACGUGCAAUGCCGGGCGUGUACUUCGAGAUCAAACAUUGAACGCCGGAAUAGAAGCCGGUCAGUUCAAGAAAGUCGGUACAGUAAAAGAUAUAUCACAAUGCAUUCAAUUUUGCUGCAACGAAGUAAGAUGCAAUGUAGCCUUCAUGGCGAAAGGGAUUUGUUAUUUAGUGAGUUGCAACAACCAGUUUCUUUGCCGUCCUGUUCCAGCAAAGAGUGUCAAUUUAAAUCCUCAACUAGCUUACGUCACUCAUCACAAACUUCGUUUAAAGGACACAAACACUCAAGCUCUAAAAACAUUCAUGAAGAGUCCACCAAGUCAGACACUACCGCUAGCCUAUCGCAUAACUCCCCAUUUUUACAAAGAUGUUUCCGCUCAAGAACGGACUUUCAUUAAUCCUUUAGUUAGACAGCAGUUCAAGUUACCACGUGCUACGAUCCGAAAUAAAUCGGGCGAUAAACGGGUUAUCAUACAAAAAGAUUCUCAAAAAGACCAAACUAGCAAAGCGGAGUUAUUUUUUAGCGAACAAAAUAAUUUGUUAACAGCGAAACCUCCUGUUAUUGUAAAAAGCGAUAAAUGCUUUCCUGCGCGAAUAUUUACAUCUGUAUCACUAAAAUACGGACCAGAUUCAGGAGAUUUCUACGAUUAUGGAAAGAUCGGGGACAUGCGCCAAUGUGUUGAUUUGUGUUGUAAGGACAAGCUCUGUGAUGUUUCGUUCAUGGUAGAAAAAACGUGUUACACUGUAUCUUGCUAUAGCUUCGAAAAAUGUCAAAUGAUUCCCGCUUCGCGCCAAGCAACGUUACCAUCGCAACUUGCUUACGUCAUCAAAAAGCGAGACAUAGCUGGUAAGGAGAAAUUAAAAAUUUCUAAAAAACAUGAAAAUUUACUGCAAAUGCAGAGAGAUCAAGAACGUUAUUUAUCGUGGAAAUUUGAUCGUGACCGGCAAAGAUUGUACGAGAAAACCGCUAAGAAAGAAAGCAAUGAAAAACAAGACGGGGAAGAGCCCAAUGUACCGGACAGUUUGACACGCCAUUGUCAGCAUAACAAAGUAAUGAAGAAUCACGUUCUGAUUGGUGGACAGAAAGCUGGUAUAUACACCUUUAGGGGAUUAACGCCUGGUUUCCACGCUUGUUUAAGUUUAUGUUGCGCCGAUUUAUUUUGUGAUGCUGCGUUUCUUCUUGGUAAAAGAUGUUAUUCCGUACAAUGUUAUAAAAAUGGAAAAUGCGCAAGUAGAGCUGUGAAGGCUGGAAGGUUGCAAUCUAUGUUGGCAUUUGUCGAACGCCCUGAUGUUCUGGACAUAAGCGAGAAGCGUACGUCCAUUCCGGGGUUGCUACCAACAGGUAAUAAAGACUCCUCAUUUAAAACGUAUAUUAUUAUCGCACAACGCUCAGUUAAUUUUAUUGGUAAUGGUAUAGGUGGGAAUGGUGUAGUGGUAGCGCAUUCGACUCGCAAUCAUAAGAUUCCACGUUCGAGUCCCCAUUCCGGCGCAAAUUAAAUAGAGUGUUGUCAACCCAUUUAGUGCCAUGUACUGACCGCUAAUGGCCUUGUGUGGCAUGCAAGCAAGUUAGAGCAAUGCUAUACAAUGGAAUCUCCAAGGACGUUGAAACUACCCGUUACUUAGUUACGUACUUAAUUCUCCUGGAUAGUCUCAGUUUAUAUUGAACCUUUUUACUUCUAACGUUUAUAUAUUAGAGUCCUUAUAUAAGCCUUAUUUCUAUGGCUUAAACGAGAGGAAAAACUCUCGUUUAAGCAACAGAACGUGUCCGCAGACAGUAUUGCUCGUUCGACUUGUCUUUAAUCUUUGACUAAGAACAGAUUUGAUGUCUUAGGGGUGGGGGUAAGUCGAGUACGCUUUAAUUCCAAUCUGCAUCUGAUGUUUAUAGAAAUUGAAAAUUAUUCCAUUCGCGCACAAGGGGGCCUUUAUCACAAAGAUUUUAGGGGAACGCUCCGAGCUAUGUUUCUUCGUACUGUUGUGCCACAAACGAAGAAACAGUGAAAUGGCUUUCCAAAUACAGUUAACUUCUUCUAAAGUAGCGGUUAGCGGGAACAGUCAAUUCAUCGAAUAUUCUUAAAGAACUUUAAAAAAAAGAAGAUUUU